AUGUCUGUAUCCGAUGAAGAAUUUCAACGUUUUCAAAAUCAAUUGGUUGAACUUAAAACAAUAAAAUAUCAAUUGGAAGACCAUAAUAAAAGAUUAACAACAGAAAAUGUUCAAUUAAAAACCCAACUUGAAAGUUUUGAAAAAGAUAGUAUUAAUUUACGAUUGCCAGCAAAAUUAUCGUGGAAAAUUCGUCGUACUGCUGGACGAGAUAUCGAUGAAGUUCUACGUGAAAAUGAUGCACUCACACAUAAAUUACAUGCACAAGAAGAAGAAUUUAAACUACAAAAUGAAACAAUGAUGCGCGAAUUGAAUGAAGUAAAUAAACACGAAUUUUUGUUUUCCGAAAUUUAUAGUAAUAAUGAAGCUCUUUUAAUUGAUGAUGAUUUCGAUCGAAGUCGAUAA